AUGGGUGUGGGUAUAUCUGUUCUGAUAGGUAUGAAGGCAGCACUUCUAUUCUUGUCUUUUGCAUAUCUCAGAUCACUUGGUUUCGCUCUGUUAUCAAUACCCUUUUUAUAUGCAUCUUUGGUGUCUUUCUUGGUGGCAAUUGCUUCUCACCCAUCCAUCAAUCUCCCAAUGCUUUUGGGGAAAGAUUCAGAUGGGACAUUCCCAAUUUGGUCAUUGAUUAUGUUCAGUCCAUACUUGUACUUUGUCCGGGCCUUUUCGGCAUUGAGAAGAAUGAGGAGUGGAGAAGCUCCUUAUAGUGAAGUAUCUGAGGGUUUGUAUGUUGGAGGGUGGCCUAAUGCCCCAGAAGUAUUGCCACCCGGUAACCCUGCCAUUAUUGAUUGCACCUGUGAAUUGCCAAGGAAUUUGGAAGUCUCAGGACAUGCAUAUUUGUGCAUUCCUACUUGGGAUACCAGGUCACCUCAGCCGGGUGAUAUUGAAUCUGCUGUUAAGUGGGCUUGUAGAAAGAGAGCUCAGAAAACGCCGAUUUUUAUCCACUGUGCAUAUGGUAUGUUUUAUGAUCUGAAAUCCUAUUAUGGAUCAUCUGGCUCUAGUUACUAUUGGUUUCUCCUUAGUUUUGCUUUUGCAUUGCCAAGGAGGCUAGGAUGA